UUUUUAUUUUUUCUCUGUAGAGGUAAUAAUUUGUGUUUAAUUAUAUGUGCUUCGCGGUGGAUUUUUUGUGAACUUUUUGGAUACAGGGGAAACCAAAAUGCCAUCAGUUCCCACAGUUUCUGAUCAAGCCUGGGUGACAUUGGCGACGAAUGACACCUAUGCCCUUGGAGCCCUGGUAUUGGCGCAUUCCUUGUCCAGGGCAAGGACCAGCAGAGCACUAGUUGUUAUGGUUGCUCCACAGGUGUCGCCUGGCAUCAGGGAAGUUUUGGCAGAAGUUUACAAUGAAGUGAAAGAAGUGGAUGUUUUGGACAGCAGAGAUGAGGCCAAUUUAGCACUGAUUCAGCGCCCAGAGCUUGGAGUCACAUUCACCAAAUUGCACUGCUGGAGACUGGGGAACUACAACAAGUGUGUCUUCUUGGAUGCUGAUACUUUGGUGAUGCAAAAUUGUGAUGAGCUAUUUGAACAUGAAGAGCUGUCAGCUGCACCAGAUUGUGGUUGGCCUGACUGCUUCAACUCUGGAGUGUUUGUGUUUUGUCCCAAUGAGCAGACUUAUCAAGAUUUGCUCAACUUUGCCCUCUCUUAUGGUAGUUUUGAUGGGGGUGAUCAAGGGCUUCUGAACUUGUUCUUCCAUGAAUGGGCAAGAAAAGACAUCAAGAAUCAUCUUCCUUUUGUAUAUAACAUGGUGUCAACUGCAGCUUACUCCUACUUACCAGCAGUGAAACAGUUUGCAAAAGAUGUGAAAAUUGUGCAUUUCUUGGGGUCAACAAAACCUUGGAUGCACAACUUUGAUCCAGUUGCUGGACAAGUGACAGUAAAAGAUGCUGUGGAAAGCUUUUCACAAGGGUUCCUGCAGACAUGGUGGGACAUCUUUGCAUCUGAUGUCCUGCCCAGAAUGUCAGCUGGUGAACAUGCUGACCUUACACAUGCCCUGGGGAGGUUGAAUUUGCAGUCAAGUUCUGAAGUCUGCUCUGAUGAAGCUUCUGCAGAUGUGAAGACUGAGCAAGAACGUUAUGCAGCUUGGGAAAAGGGCCAAAUGGACUACAUGGGAACUGAUUCAUUUGCCAAUAUCCAGGCCAAACUUGAUGCUGCCAUUUCUACUCCCAAAAGAGCCAAGUCAAAGUCUCCUGAAGCUGAACCUGAACCUGAUGUUGAGGAGACCACUUGAAUCAACUUUUUUGCUUGUUUGUUUGUUUUGGAUGAAUCAAAGUCCCCAACUGGUGUGAGAUUGUCUUAGCCAAUACCCCUCUAAAAAAAAGUCCCUGUGCCUUACUGUCUGAGUAGGCCAACUCCAAGUUUUAAUUUUGCGCUUAACUGGUGGUAGGGUGCGCGUCUGUCAGCUUUUUCCUGCAUUGACACUGCUUUAAUGAACAGUGUGCCAUUUAUUUUAUGAAAAAGUUGGAAAUUGAAGGAAAUGUACUAUAAAACAAUGUACUUGCUCCAG